AUGUCCAACACUCUUCUAAAGCUUUAUUACUUCGAUGUGCCUGCUAGAGCAGAGCCUAUCCGUUUGACAUUCGCAGUUCAAGGUAUUCCUUUUGAAGAUAUUCGUGAAACGAAGGAAGAUUGGGCAAAGACUUUGAAGCCUAAUCACGUGUUCCCCCUCGACCAACUACCGGUUUUGGAAUUCCCUGAUGGCAAAAUGGCGACUCAGAGUUAUGCCAUUUUGAGAUAUGUGGCUACGCUGCGUCCAUCGUAUGGUCUGUACCCCACUGAUCCUAUGGAGAGAUUACGCAUAGAUGAGUUGUUGGAAACCUUCGCUGAUAUGAGAGAGAAGACAAGACUUGUCAAGAUCAUGCCUGAUGGUCCCGCUAGAGAUGCAGCGAUUUCUGAGUUGGCAAAUACCACUUACCCGUUUUACUUUGAAAGAGUAGAGCGCAUGAUCGGAGAUAAUAAGUACUCAGCUGGAGAUCAUCUCACGAUUGCCGAUCUGAUGCUUUUCGUGAUACUAGAUUUCAUAUUCAACCUCGCACAUCUGGGCACUCCUCUAUCCAUUUUAAAUCCUUAUGAGAAGCUCCAAAGGAUCCAGGCGUUGGUAGCAGCCAACCCUGCUGUGAAGCUGUGGCGCGAAAAUCGCGAAGUGAAGUCUCUCCCAGCUGUUGCUGAGAGUGUGGCUCUCUAA